ACAAUCGUAGUUUUUGCUGUGCGCAAUGGAGUCAAGGCGCGUUGUGGGCGGCAUGGCAUCUGGUGUUCGGAAUGAUGCUGAAGUUCUUGAAGCGUCGAAGAAAGAUAUCAGUGACGAGCUGAACGAGUUGUUGGACAAGAUGAAGGUAAUCGAUGUCCAAGUUCGUGCAAAGCGAUCACGUGAUGACGUAGCGGAGGCUGAAAAGAUUCUUCAAAAAACGUUAUCUCCAACAUCAGAGUUACAAGAUCAAUUGGGUCCAUUAACUGUUGGGCAGCGUGAACGUCUUGAAAAAUUCCUACGGUUAAUUCGAAGUGAUUACGUUGCGGAAGCAGAAUUGCAAGGGAUGGAACGUGAAGUGCGUGCGAAACGUGCACGAAUUACCAAGAUGGGGGAGGAAUGUGCGUUGCUAGAGGGAACAAAAUGCGUUUUAAGUUCGAAGAUUGACGAGGAAACUGAUCGUUUAAAUCGGGCUCAAGACUUGAAAUUGUGUGCAGAUCAGAUAUUAGAAACAGCAUUCGAUAAGACUUUGAUUGUUGAUUCAGCGGAUUUGAACGCUGGAUUAGGGGCCGGCAGACGUUAUUUCGUUGAAGGGAUUUCGUAUGUUCAAAGAGUCAUUGAUGGAUUGACUGUCUUGUCAUUUCGAGAUGCUGAAUUGGUUCUUGGGCCACGCGGUGUUCUACUG